CUGGAGCUCAAAACGCGUCUGGAGUUUAGGCCGACGGCCACUGUGUCUUGGUAUACCGGGUUGUCGGGGGCUCCAGCAUUAAGUUUCGGAGGUGGCCAUGAACUUUUGUCUACCUUCAGGCGGUGGUGAUACGUGCUUGUUGCCUACUUUCAGGCCGGGACCAGACCUGGGGGAGUAGGCUACGAAGUUCACCUGUUUGAAAAUGUGUCAGACCACGUAUACAAUUGUACAAAUUACAUUAGUGUGUUCCCGAGAGGUUUUCUCCGAUUCUUCGACAUAAGUUGCUUUCUCGUUAUAGGAAUGUCGAUUGAAAUCAUUCUGGUGGACCCAGCUCCGUUUCUAUUCAUCGGCCAUUAGAUUCUCCCUGACAAUUAAGUUUCUUAAUUCGAAUCCUUUGUCCAAUGACUUCAAAUUGAGUAUGGGCAGCCAUGGUGUUUUCUGACUUCACACUAAAUGUUUUUGUUCAAAUUUGAAUGUGGUCUCACUCAAUGCGCAACUCUGCGAGCUUUUUCGUAGAGAUUUGUACGCAAUUUCGCACGAAUUUGGGUGAACCCGCGUGCCAAUUUAUACGAAAAACUUCGCAUGUGUCAAAUUGUGAGACCCCAUUCAAAAUUGUACGAAUACAUUUAGGGUGGACGUUUCUAUCGCGUAGGUCACUCCUGUCGCAGCAUGGCGAAGCCUGGCCAUAUUUUAAAAUCGUUGUUAAUUGUUGUGAUUCGUCUCAUUAGAGCUCGUUUGUUGUACUUAAUCAUGAAUGUUUCAGAAGCUGGUCAGUGGACACAGCAGGGAUACCAUACCAUCAACUGCGUCGUGAUGGGCCCCAGACCUGGUUACACUUGCUCGUGUUCGCAGGAGGACGGAAGCGACAGAGUAGAGAGUCCACCGCUGGAGGCUCUCGUGGAGCGCGGGGCGGCGCGGCUCCACACUCGGCGGCGCUCCUCGCGGUCCAGGACCCGCCGCGACGUCGACGGUUGGCGAUUCCGGGGAUCCAAAUCCUGUUCCCGCAGCAGCACAUCUGGAACGGCGGCCCCGCGUCGCUCCUCCAGAUCGCUGUCGCGGAGGACAGCGUCACCGCCUGGGAGUGACGAAUCCCUCGCCAACCGCCUUGACACUUACUGGAGUUUUGCUGACUUCCGCUGAUGAGUCACUUCACUUUUGAUGUCAUGGAAGUGUUU